CCUGUUUGGGGCUGGUUGACUUUGAAGAGGCGACACAAACAAAACACUUUCAUGCAUUUCAGUCACACUUUCCGCAUCAAAACAUGACUUUCUUCAGAUCUCGCCUUUCCAUCGGCAACAUUUUAGGGCAGAGAUGUAGAGGGAUGUGCAAUAAACUGCAGGAGACGAAAACGGAGUCCUCGCCUGCAGCUGCAGCUCCAGCACAAGCACCACGUCCCUUAUUCAAAGUCCCAGGCUACAAACCCAGCGACUUUGACAAGAAGAUUUUUCUUUGGUCAGGACGCUUCAAAUCCGUAGACCAGAUACCAGAGACUGUGUCGUUCGAGAUGAUCGACUCUGCGAGGAACAAAAUCAGAGUGAAACUUGCCUAUCUGAUGAUGGGAACCACAAUAGGGGCCUGUUUGUUGAUGGUGUUUGUUGGCAAACGGGCCGCAGGCAGGAAUGAGUCUCUGACGGCUCAAAACAUGGAGAAGAAAGCCAGGUGGAGGGAGGAACUCCAGAGAGAGAACGCAAACGCUGCUGCCGUGUCUGCAAAGGCUCAGUGACGGAUAAACCCUAAUGCAGUUAUACAUUUCCCAAACACCGGGCACAGUGCCCUCCUUCCUGUUGUAUACACCUCAACUUCAGUCCUUUCAGCCACUUGUGCAGUAACUUUUUUAAACUUGAUAAAAUGUUUUAUGAGGUUAUACAUCAGGCCAUAAGUAGGGUGAGAAAAAGUACCAAUAAACUUUGUUAUUAUAACACUUGGGACAUCUCACUGGAGGAUGGUAAUCUGCGGUGAAACGGGAGAUUAGGGAGGCAACGGUUUCCAUUUUUAAUUGGAUCUGAGCUAAAUUUAAAAGACUUUCUCCUCAGAUCUUGAUUUGAUUUUUUUUUUUCCUGUUGCUUUGUGGAGACAUGACAAUAUUCUUUUAUCACUCUUCAGUUGUGGCUGAGACAUACAUUUUCCUUUAUCUCGUCCAGAUAUUAAAACAAUCAGGCUUGUUUAUAGCCGCUCUGGAAUCUGUGUUUGUACAUAGAUAGAAAUCACUUCAAUAAAGUAAUGCUUCUUGA